UAUGAAAUUUAGCCAAUCAAACCCUUGCAUUCCACCCAGUGGUGUAAAGUGCGCAACCUCAGCAUCAUGCAGACACGACCGCGAGCGAUGGCUCGGUCGCUGGUUGCCCAGUUUGCUUUGAAUCGCCAGUCUCUGCGGGCGUCUUCCACGAAGCCAUGGUACCGCGACGAAAUAUCGAGCAUCUUGAGUCCGGCAGAUGGAGAAUCUGUGGCAUCCGUCGAGGAGCUUCGACAGCUCAUGGCCGUGCCUCGCGGCCGCGGGGUCGUCGCGUCUGAAAUCCAAGCGCAGGGUCGGUCGCCCUCUGUCGGUGGGUAUGAAACGUUGUCACAGAAGAAGAAACAAGAUCGCAUCUGGACGCAGCUGCAGCGUGUGUUGACCAAUGUCGAACAGGAUGCGUUGCCGACCGCCGUGGCGGACGCGUACACGGUGGCCUUUCAAGCACUGAGUCGUGCCAACAUGCCUUACGAAAGCAUGGAGGCGCUUCUUCGUCACAUGCAAAGCCAACAGAUUCCAGUGAGCAUCCAAAUCCACAUUUCGAUGCUUGCUCAGGCUAAAGGAAGUGCGCUCGUUCAAGUGCUACGCAAGGUCAAGGCGAGUCGCGCCGCCGCGAGCCUUCUCGGGGACGCCUGCCGCCAACCGCCGCUGCUUCCCACCGACAUUCAGAGCCUCCAUUAUCACGCGUACGACGCCAUCAUCCGAACGAUCCAUUCGCGGUACAUGGAGUCCACAACGUCGGUGUUUGCCUUGGCCAAUUACCAAGACCUGUACGCAGCUAUGGUGGAGGCGUUGCCUCCGCUGGACAUCAAACUACUCGAACGAACGAUCUCAGCCGAACGAAUGGACAAACUCGCGGUCGCGUCCGUGCGUGCCCCCGCCAUGUGCGGCUUGGGUGACGUUGUGCUAGAUCGAUUGGACACGCUGCAAGAAGAAUACGCCGGACGGAGCGCCGACGUGCCGUUGCAAGUCUUUGAAGCCGCCAUCGAAGCGUUUUCGGCGUUGGUCCAUGGCUUGAUUCACGUGCCCGAGUCGACGUUGGCCGUGGUGCGCGAGACGUCGUCUGUGCUGUCGAGUCCACGGCUCAAAGCGUUGCGCCGUCUUGAACGAUCUGUGGGGGUGCCCUUGAACAACCUCAUGCAAAAGAUCGAGAAGGAUGCCGACAAGAACGAGAGUGAUGUGGCGAAGGAUGCGGCAACGUUCGACAUGUACAAGGCGUCCGUGUUCCUUCGGUUCAUUUCCAAACGAAUGGCGGGAGCUCGAACGACGCAGUCGCAUGCGGUCGUCGCGCACGAAGCCAUGGUCGCCGCGGAUGGCCUCAUGCAAGACAUUGAAGACGCGUAUGUGGCCAGUCGUCGUCGCGGUAGUACUAGUACUACUACUAGUAGUAGUACUAGUUCGUUGCUCGUGCCGUUGCACGUGGCCAAGCUGAAACAGUAUUUUGUGGCCGCGAGUCGGUUGGAUCGACGGGUGCCCGUGAGCGGUCCGUUCCAAGAUGAGCUCGUGUAUCGAGUGUUUCAGCUUGUGGAUGUCCUGGCUACAUGCUCAAGUGCCGACGACCACGUGCUGGAAGGGUUGCAUUAUGCAUUCCGCACCCUCGUUGUGCUCUUCCGAGUGAGCGAAGCCACGAUGGUGCUCGACCUAAAGGAAACGCUAUUUCCCAACGAGCCGCGUCGGGUGGACGAGUACGAUGACUUGAUCAUGGCCGUGGUGUCCAACGACCGCACACGAUUCGACCAACCGUUGCAGCUGCUUCAACGUAUGCACAACCAAGGGGUGACCCCCACGCCGCUAACAAUGCAUCGUCUGGUGCUAUUUCAGCUCAACCUUCUCAACAACGCAACGCCGUCGACGCGGAAGCAACUCAUGGCUGACGUCAAGUACAACCACAUGCGCCGACGCCUCCCGGAGUGGAACGUGGACGUUCCCACGCCCGAAUUCCAUCCGCUGCAGUUUUACAAGGCCAAGGCACCCGACUCGGCGUCCGUGGGCGACAUCGUGUCGUUCGUUGUCGACUGGCACAACAUGACGGGUGUCGUUCCUUUUGGCAAGACGCUCAAACUGCUGGUGGAACACUGCCGGCGACACCAGCAGGACAAGACCGACGUCCACGAGCUGCACCGGCUGCUACAGUGGGCCCACUCAUUGCCGUUGGAUCCGGCCACGCAGGUCUACCUCGAGCACGUGACGGCCUCAGUCGUCCCUGCGGUCGCUGACGACGCCACCAAGGAACUUUAGCUCGGAACACGGCCAAUCGAUCCACAUGGAUAUACCCACCAUAACUAGACUUGCUUUGUGUUGCAUGUUUCUGGGCCUAAAACUCUCGAUUGACGUACUGUAUGAUUGCCAUAACCAUUAUUGAAGGGGUCUGUCUGGAUCAGGCAUGACAUAAGUGGCUCGAAAUACAUCAGUUUUCAUCCA